ACUAAUCAUUAAUCAAAAGAAUUUAAACCUCUUACUUAACGCUAAGCUUUUGUCAUUCUCUUGGCGUGCGUCGAGAAACCAAUGGCUUCUCUGGUUCUCUCUUCUUUCUGUUUCUGCCCUUCUCGAAAGCCUUGUUUCCUUACUUCCUCGUUCCGUUUCAGCUUCGGAGCUCCGACGGGUUCCAGGUCCGCUGGUCCAUUAUCGGUCGGAUUUGGAUCGGCCGAGAAGAGAAAUGGAAGAAUUAAGGUUUCUGUUUACUCCAGAGCUUCUCCUCUCGUGUUUCGCGACCUCGACGCUGAUGAUUUCCGGCAUCCCCUCGAUAAGCAGAAUACGCUGCUACUGAGAGCGAUUCCAGGGCUUAACGAACUAGGGAGGGCUUUACUAGGAACCAUGACAGAGCAAAUUAUGCUUCUUGAGAAUAUAGGGACUUCGGUUCGUGUUUCAAAAGACCAGCUUCCGGAACUUCAUAAAAUGAUGGCUGAGGCCUCGGGGAUAUUGAAUAUUGAGGCUCCCGAUCUCUAUGUUCGUCAGAGCCCAGUUCCGAAUGCUUAUACAUUGGCUAUAAGUGGUAAAAAACCAUUUGUUGUCAUUCAUACUAGUCUUGUGGAACUUCUCUCACGAAAGGAAUUACAGGCUGUUUUGGCUCAUGAGUUGGGUCAUCUCAAAUGCGAUCAUGGUGUGUGGCUUACCUUUGCAAAUCUUCUCACUCUUGGAGCGUAUACUGUACCUGGACUUGGUGGCUUUAUAGCUCGGGGUUUAGAAGAACAGUUAUUCCGUUGGCUUCGAGCAGCAGAACUAACUUGUGAUCGUGCAGCCCUUCUCGUUGCACAAGAUCCCAAGGUCGUCAUUUCUGUUUUGAUGAAAUUAGCUGGUGGCUGCCCAUCUAUGGCUGAUCAGCUAAAUGUGGAUGCCUUUUUGGAUCAAGCUCGCUCUUAUGAUAAGGCUUCUUCGAGCCCAGUUGGAUGGUAUAUAAGAAAUGCUCAAACGAGACAACUUUCACAUCCUCUGCCUGUUCUACGUGCUCGUGAGAUUGAUGAGUGGUCAAGAAGUCUCGAAUACAGAAGUCUUCUUAAACGCUCAACUCAGAUGAGCGUUGUAGAAAAAGUUUAGCAUUGCUCUGGACCUGGAGUCAUAGUUUAAAACAGCUUGAAUAGAUUUCCACUUUGCCUUGCAAGAUUUGGUUCCCAUUACAUUUCAUGUAAGAUAUAUGCCAGGCAGAAGAGAGCACAGAAAAUGGAGGAAGCAUUUGUAAAGAGCAUCUAUAGCUGCUGUAAAACAUUUGUCCAUAAAGCAUAGAAAUUAAAGAUAGUUUAAAUUUAUGCAAGGAAAAGAAAUAGUUUUUGGGAAUUUAUUGUAACAUAUGCUUCAUUCUCAAAGGAACAGAAUUCUGUAUACUGUUAUUCAACAGCGUAAAUCAAAUGUAGCAAUUUUGUAA